UAAAGAGCGAAGUACGCGACUCUUGGAGGCAGGAGUCAGACGGACGAACUGUCCUCUGGAGGGAACAUAGUCUUGUGGUACGGAAGUGAAAAUGGCACGUUUGCGUUUGUACUUUGGCUCCAACCGCAGCAACACCGCCCCGGAGAUACUGGAAGGAGACACAGAGGAGCAGCAGGGAGACAAUGAUGUAGCCACAGCACUUCAUCAACCACCUUUUGCAUUAAGUCCUUCUCAGGAGCCUGCGGAACAGACUGUUUCUCCAAGGACUUUUGGCUCACGCCCAGAGACAUCGCUUAAACGCAGCUCUUCUAUGUUCAUACCUCAUCUUGCAACCUACGCAGAGCAGCGGCCCACAAAAAGCUCCUCCAUGCACAUCUCACUACAGCGCUCCGGGGCAAGUAACGAAGAUUGUAGUGACCCACCACCCUGCUAUUCUCCUGCGGGACCUGUGCCUACUUACACCGAAGUAUCGAAUAAAGCAAAUGUUCCACGCCAACCACCUCCGCCAUACUAUAGUCCAGAUUCUCUCAACAAUUCGCAAACAUUUGUGACUGAACCAAACUUGCCAAAGCGCAGGGUCUUCAGCAUCGGUUCUAAUGGACAUACCGUGUACCACAGAAGCCAGCCUGGUGUAAGUGUUGGCGGAAUUCGUAUUCGGAGGAACUCAACCGAUGGUUCUGACAUACAACAUCUCCGGAUUUCUCCGCACGGCUGUUCUGGAUGGACUGUACAGCAGCAGUCCCCCAGUUGUAAUAGUGGAACACAGCGACUUGUGUUUCAGCUUCAGCAGAACCAAGAGCUGAACCAGAGCAGGCAGCAGUCAGACACGUUCCAAGAUGAGCGCACCAAUGUUGGAUUUGCUCGAUCAGGCAGUGGCCAUAUGUCCCGCUACCCUAGAAUUCGGCUGGAGGGAGGCUCAUCUCCGGUUUUGGUAGAAAAUUAUUCAGAGGACGAACCAGUCAGCCAGACAGCUAGUCAAGACAGCAAAGCAGUAGAGGAGAAUAUCAGAACGGAGGCUAGGUCGAAUGGUUGUACUUUUAAAAUUAGUGGCGAUACUCCGCAAAGGCAACCCCAUUUUAAGAUUUACUUUACUCCGGGUGGAGGUGGAGAUCCAGACCUGGUCUUUGGCAGUAAAUCCACAACAAAUAAUCCAGAGACCAGAGAUGAUUUCUUGGGACAAGUGGAUGUUCCUCUUAGUCAUUUACCGACAGAGGAUCCCACCAUGGAGCGUCCUUAUACGUUUAAGGACUUCCUGUUGCGCCCCAGAAGUCAUAAGUCCAGGGUGAAGGGUUACCUGCGUCUGAAGAUGGCCUAUUUGCCCAAACAAGGAGGACCCGAGGAAGAAGCUGGAGAGAUGAGAGAGGAGGCAGAGGGGUGGGAUGACUCUGCAGACUCGGGCUCGCAGCGCCCCCAGCAGAUGCUUCCGCCUCUUCCACCCGGCUGGGAAGAGAAGGUGGACAACCUGGGACGCACCUACUAUGUCAACCACAACAACCGCUCUACACAGUGGAAACGGCCCUCCAACAUGGAUGUGAUUUCAGAGACUGAGAGUGACAAUCGUCAGCGCCAGAUCCAUCAAGAAGCACACCGCGUUUUCCGCUCGAGACGCCACAUCAGCGAGGACCUGGAGAACGAGCACCUUGAACCACGAGAGAUUGACAAUUCUUGGGAGCUCAUCACAGAGGAAGACCCAAAUGACAGCUUGUCGCAGUCCCUCUCCGGCUCGACCUCCAUGCUCACGCCGCAACCCCCGCCAACACCAGUCUCCCAGGAGUUCCCCGAAGACUUGAAUGUGAGGCUGUCGCUCACCCCCGAAACUAAUGGAGAAGUGGCGGGACCCAGCUCGGCCCUGACCCAGCUCUCCAACAGACUUCGCUCCUCCAGUAUGACAGAUGGUGUUAGCGAUCAAGCCCAGGCUCCUCCUCUUAUGCAGAGAUCCCAUUCCAGAAGAACAAGAGCUCAAACAGUCUCAGGUGGUGAGGAUGCCAUGUCUCCCACAGCGACCUCUUUCAACUUGACCACCCCAGGCCUGCCCCCUGGUUGGGAGGAGAGGAAGGACAGCAAGGGGAGAACUUAUUUCGUCAACCAUAACAGCCGCACUACUACCUGGACUAGACCCAUUGUGCAGCUGACUGAAGAUGGAGCUAGCACUUCUGCGGCUGCGGCAUCAGGAGGAGCCUCAGCCCUGGCACCCACCCCUUCCUCUUCCUCGUCUUCCAAUGUCUCCAACAACCACCUCCAUGAGCCCCAAGUCAGACGACCUCGUAGCCUCAGCUCCCCUACUGUCACCCUUUCUACCCCCUUGGAGGGCGCCAACAACAUCCAGGCCCGGCGGGCAGUGAAAGACACAUUCUCUAACCCGCAGUCCCCCCAGCCGUCGCCCUACAGCUCGCCCAAGUCCAAGCAUAAGACUCAGCAGAGCUUCCUGCCCCCCGGCUGGGAGAUGAGGAUAGCCCCCAACGGGCGACCGUUUUUCAUCGACCACAACAGUAGAGCAACAACCUGGGAGGAUCCCAGGUUGAAAUACCCUGUCCAUAUGAGGAAUAAGAACUCCAUGGAACCAGGUGACCUCGGCCCUCUUGCUCCUGGAUGGGAAGAGCGAGUUCACACAGACGGACGCACCUUCUACAUUGACCACAAUACGAAAAACACGCAGUGGGAGGACCCCCGCCUUCAGAGUCCUGCUAUCACCGGACCGGCUGUUCCAUAUUCCAGAGAGUUCAAGCAAAAGUAUGAUUACUUCAGGAAGAAACUGAAAAAACCGGCUGACAUUCCCAACCGAUUCGAGAUGAAGCUCCACCGGAACAACAUCUUCGAAGAGUCAUAUCGUCGAAUCAUGUCACUUAAGAAGCCCGACGUCCUGAAAGCGCGCCUAUGGAUCGAGUUUGAGUCGGAAAAAGGCCUGGACUACGGCGGCGUCGCACGGGAGUGGUUCUUCCUCUUGUCCAAGGAGAUGUUCAAUCCUUACUACGGCCUCUUUGAAUACUCUGCCACAGACAACUACACGCUCCAGAUCAACCCCAACUCCGGCUUGUGCAAUGAGGAUCACCUCUCCUAUUUCAAGUUCAUUGGUCGUGUAGCGGGAAUGGCCGUGUUUCAUGGAAAACUACUGGAUGGUUUUUUCAUCCGACCCUUCUACAAGAUGAUGCUGGGUAAACAGAUCUCUCUAAAGGACAUGGAGUCUGUGGAUAGUGAAUACUACAACUCUCUUAAGUGGAUUCUGGAGAACGAUCCCACCGAGCUUGACCUGCGGUUUUGCAUCGAUGAGGACAACUUUGGACAGACCUACCAGGUUGACCUCAAGCCUAGCGGCUCAGAUAUGGUCGUCACCAAUGAGAACAAAAAGGAAUACAUUGAUCUGGUCAUCCAGUGGCGGUUUGUCAAUCGAGUGCAAAAGCAGAUGAAUGCCUUCUUGGAGGGCUUCACUGAGCUCAUUCAAAUUGAUCUAAUCAAGAUCUUUGAUGAAAAUGAACUGGAGCUGCUCAUGUGUGGUCUGGGUGACGUGGACGUCAACGACUGGCGACAGCACACAGUUUACAAGAACGGCUACUGUCCCAACCAUCCGGUCAUUCAGUGGUUCUGGAAGGUUGUCCUCUUGAUGGAUGCCGAAAAGAGGAUCCGACUUCUUCAGUUUGUCACAGGAACGUCGCGAGUGCCCAUGAACGGCUUCGCUGAACUUUAUGGCUCUAAUGGUCCUCAGCUCUUCACUAUUGAGCAGUGGGGAACACCAGAUAAGCUGCCGAGAGCCCACACAUGUUUCAAUCGCUUGGACCUUCCUACUUACGACUCGUUCGAGGACCUGAGGGAGAAGCUGCUCAUGGCCGUGGAGAAUGCCCAGGGCUUUGAAGGCGUCGACUAAAGCGGUACCUAAUCCUACCAACCAAAUAAAGACUUUUAAAUCAAAGUAGCUACUUAGUAUAACUAAGUAGGCAAAAAAACAACAACAACAAGAA